CGAAUGAAUAGUCGCCUCAGUGAUAGCGUUCAGCAGGGCUGAACGUGGCUGUGUUUCUCUGACCGCGGUUCCGGGUCUUCGGGCCGAUCGCAAAAUUUCGCUGCCUUAACCACCACCACCGAAAAUGACCACCGCGCUCAGCGACUCCCAAGCGCGCCUAAUCACCCAUGCAAUGUCCGUGGGGGCAUUGAAAUUCGGCUCAUUCACGCUCAAAUCCGGACGACAGUCACCGUACUUCUUUAACUCUUCGCUCCUCUCAUCGGGUUCCACCUUGUCUGUCUUGGCUACUGCUCUUGCCGACACCCUGGCCGAUGUAGGCAAUUUCGAUGUAUUAUUUGGCCCUGCAUAUAAGGGAAUACCUUUGGGUGCAAUUACUGUUGUCAAGCUGUUUGAGAAGCACGGACGGGAUGUGGGCAUGGCCUAUGAUCGAAAGGAGGCCAAGGAUCAUGGGGAAGGCGGAAUGCUUGUCGGAGUGCCGAUGACGGGAAAGAAAGUAGUCAUUGUAGACGAUGUCAUGACGUCUGGAAAGGCUAUCAGGGGCGCCAUCGAUGCCGUACGGAGCGCUGGAGGCGAAGUGGUCGGGGUAGUUCAAUGUCUUGAUAGAGAAGAGGUUGGACGAGAGGGUGGAACGAGCACAGUCCGGGAGAUAGAAGAAGUUGUAGGAUGUGGCAAGGUGCGGGCGAUACUCAAGAUGCGAGAUUUAAUGAGAUGGCUCGAAAGUGAGGGAAAGACGCAUGAACUGGAUGACAUGAAAGGAUAUUGGGAACGCUAUGGCAUCAAGGACUGAGGAUAGCAUUUAAAUAGAUGGUGGAUAUACUCAUGGUUGUCCAAGAGAACGGAGAAAGCGAUAGAGAUUCAUCCUUCUGUUGACGAUAGUGGCCACCAUAAAUCGACUAUUUAUCUAAAUAAGUAUAGGAUUUCUUCUUUAUCAACUUUGUAAAGGAGAACUCACCAACACACCCGUCAAAACUGUUUAGAGAGUGGUCACUGAUGGGAACCCAGCUAGAGAUCAAACACGCGUUGCCCCAAUCUAGCGCGUCUCACCGCAAAGAACGCUUCGUUGAAGCCAAAAUAUAGUCUAGAAAGCAACAGAUUUACGUUACAAAG